AAGUAAACCUUAGUUUUUGUAGAGCAUCGAUACACAUGUACUGCCUCACAGUUGGGUGGGAGACAUUCAAGCGUAUUCUCAGUAAUUUCUGGUUCUUGGACCGGAAAUCCAACCCUGAUCUCUUUAUUGACACUCAAGCGUGCUUAACUAGCCGUAAUUAGACAUUCCUACGCAAUAAAGAAAUGUUUAGACUUUUUUCCCACCGUAACAUUUGUAGUGAUGUAAUACAUGUGAUGUUAAAACGCUUUUUGUAGCGUUACUAUACUGCUUCUAUAUCUGAAAUGUUUGAUUUAAAUUGUGGAAAAUUAGAUUAUUUUGUCUUUUUAUUUGUAGUACAGUUUACAUGUUAAUUGUCAUUGCUAUGAAGAUAAAAUAUGCUUGUUGUAGCAAAGAAAUUAAUUUACAAAGAAUGUAAUUCAUGGAAAAGUAUUUACCUUUGCAGAUAGGCGUAUUCUCGCCAGAGUGUCAUUAGCAAAAGGUAUACUGUAAUUAUCUGAGUUCUUGUAAACAUUGAAUUGGAAGCAAGCAAAUAAAUCGACAAUCUAAAUACCUAGUACACCUACUUCUUUGGCAACACUGCAAAUCUCUGCAUUUUUUAUUGUUGAUUGAAUCAUCUGUAAACAUAUCACUGAGACUGUGAGAAAACGAAAAGGAGUUAGACGAACAAGCUAUGAAGUACCUAAUUAUUUUGAUUUGCAUUAUUGGAGUUAGCUCGUGGGACAUAAAAAUCAAAGGGCCGUCGAGUGUACAAAUCGGAAGCACUCUGUCUUUAUCGUGCAAUGCAACUGAUAUGGUAUCUCCACCAAGAAUAGUUGUUUGGUACAAAGGUUAUAGCAAACUUGCUUUAAGUGAGAGGGUAUCUGCAACAAUGUUAUGGUCACCAAAGACCAUAACAAGCAAACUGACCAUAAAGGAUGUAGUUCGACAAGAUGCAGGGAAGUACAAGUGUUGGGUUUCUAACGAGAUCGUUAGUCAGGUCACGGUGGCAGUCGUAGAUACUGCAAAAGCAGGUGGCGAGUCUACACAGUUUCAGGGAAUAUCACCAUUUACAUCUUUAGUAUUUUUAUCAUGCUUUUUGAAGAUAUUGGGUUAAAACUAGCAAGUCGAUUAGGCUUGUUACUUUAAAAUCAAAUUUAUAUUAAUUCUGGUUAUUUAAGCAAACGUCAUUAUAU